AUGAUAGGUGGCCAACACACAAAGGAGCGCUUCAGCGAGCGGCUUGAAGGGUGCCAAAACCAGCCCAAAAACCGUGGCUACCUUCCAGGUACAAAACUCUUAACCGGUGGCUACAGCACCGGCACCUUGCAGGGAAACUGGUGUGAAGAGCGCGCUGAUGCCGGAUACUACGACAACAAAGCUGUGCUGCCCACGCACCUCGCAAAUAUAUGGACAACAGAGUAUCGCACCAUGACGGAGGGCACAAAAGGGGCCCCCGCUCCCCCUGUGUUUGAUCAGGCCACAAUGGUGGAUAUUGUCGACCACAACUUCCGCGCGUACCCCGCCCAUCAGCCACACCUGGACCCGCAACGUGACGCGGUGAUCCAGGAGCGUUGCAAGACGAUCAUGCGUGAGACAUACAGAAUGCCGGAAGAUGCCAGGCGGCAGGAGGAGCAGCACGUCCCGCCUGUUAUUGGGAGCAGUCCCACGGCGCAGGCGAAGGGUGUGAUUAUUCGCUUUCAACGCCAGCUGCUGCUCUCGCGGCGUGCUGAGUCCGCAUUUCCUGGCAAUGUGCUGCGGGAGGUGCGCCUCGCAUUGCAGCGCAACGACACGGCGGGGGACGGGAUGCUGACGGUGGAGGAGGCGCAGCGCGGCUUUGAAGAGGCAGGGUUGACAGCGAGCAUCCCGGAAUGCACGGCGCUGGUACGCGCCUACGAUCUCAAGGAUAAUGGGACAGUUUCGAUUGACAAAAUUGUUGAGGUUAUGCGUGGAGAACUGCGCGACCGUCGCUACAGCAUUGUGGAGAAGGUGUACGAGCUGCUCAAAAAACUGUGUCCCGAUGGAAUUGUGCGUCUGCAGCGUCUGGUGGAACUCGUUGACGUUGACAGCAUGAACUCGGUGAAGAACGGCACUGUCACGUCAGCUUGUGCUCACAAUGCGUUUGCUGAACAGUGGGGACUGCCGAGUAAUGCGUACAUUUCGUUUGAGACAUUUCUUUCCUACUUCAUGGACGCAUCAUUCGAGAUUGGAAGUGAUCAAGAAUUUGAGGUGCUGAUGCGCAACGUGUGGCACCUUAGUGGUGGAAACGGGAAGUCAAUGAACACAUCCUGUAGACGCGUGCGGGUAGUGCACAAUAACGGCCGCAUUACGACAGAGGAGAUUAAGAAUGACUUGGAUAUCAAGGACAGUGACGCGAAUAUGAUGGAACGCAUCCUUGCCAACUUAGUUUCGCAGGGAAUCAAGAAUGCCGCCAAAGUGGAAGUUCUGCCGAAUAAGGAGUAG